AUGUUGUUUCUGCGGACGGUUUUCAACAGCUCUGUCAUCGUUCAUCCUCCAGGCUUCUACAUCAUCGGAUUUCAGUCUUUUCCAUCUGUGAACAUCUACUUCAUCUUUUUGGCAUUUGUUUAUGUAGUCACAGUACUGUUUAAUGGUUUACUGAUUAUUGUCAUUGUUAUUAAUCGAUCCUUACACACUCCAAAAUUUCUGGCUGUCAUCAACCUUGCAGUGAUUGAUUUAUGCCUCAACACUUGCACCAUUCCUGGUAUGAUCAAAAUAUUUUUGGUUCAGGACAAUUUUAUCCCAUUCAACUUGUGUUUGAUGCAAAUGUUUAUUUAUUACGCUUGUGCGUCACUGGAGUCCUAUGCGCUCACUAUUCUGGCCUAUGACCGGCUGGUUGCCAUUUGCUUCCCUUUGCGCCACAACUCCAUCAACACAGUGCGAAGCAUGUGCUGCAUCAUCAGCAUCACCUGGUCUAUUUCUUUGGGGGUAAUGAGCUUCAUCAUAAGUUUAGUAACAAAACUGUCAUUUUGCAACUCCGUCAGAGUGUUUAGCUAUUUCUGUGAUUAUGCGCCGGUGUUCAGGCUCGCCUGUAAUGAUUAUUCCAUACAUUGGUUCGCAGGUUCUUUUCUCACUAUCUUGACUCUCGGAGUUCCUUUCAGCUUCAUAGUUCUGUCUUACGUCAGCAUCCUGGUGACUGUGUUCAGGAUGAAGACAUUAGACCGCCGCCUAAAAGCUUUGGCUACUUGUGUUGAACAUAUCAUUAUUGUUGCUAUCUUUUUCAUUCCUCUUCUUGUCAUUUUUACAAUCGGCUUCUAUUUGGGGGCGAUCCCUCCAGAUCAGAGAGUCCUGAGUCUGUCUAUGGCUUCUUGUCUUCCACCUUGCAUCAAUCCUAUUGUGUAUUCUUUGAAAACUAAAGAGAUCAAAACUCGAGCACUGGCACUGGUUAGAAAAACUAUAAUUUUACCAACUAAAUCAACAAGAAUGUUUGAAGGCUUAAAAACACAGAAGUAAUAGAUCUGAUUAAGAUUUUAAAAAGGAUGUCUUUUUCCAAUGUUUGUGACAAAUUUGAAACCAAUUAAAUCUACAAGAAUUCUGAAAGCAGAUAAUUUAUCUUUAUAACAAUGAUUUGCUGCUUUAAUUACUAAUUUGAACCCAUUUAAUUUCUCAUCCUUGUGAUAAUAUAUUUCUAAUUCCAGAUGUUUUUCA